GGUGCAUUUCUAGUGGCUUUCUUCACCCCUUGAGAGGGGCUUUGGUGGCCUUACCUAUCAGCCUAAGGGACUUGGGGUCCUAUUUUAGGGGGGGUUAUUCAGGCUAAAGGGGGGGGGCGUGUCAGCCUUAUGAUCCAUUUUUAGGAGGUUUAUUUACCCCCAUGAAGAGGGCCUUUGGGGUCUGACUAGGACUUUGGGAUGUAUUUUAAUCGGGGGUUUAAGGGGGGGCUCUGGGGGUCCCGCCUGUCAGCCUAAGGAACUUAGGAGCGAGUUCUGAGUGGGGAAGAAGGAGCUGGUGGUGCAUUCAGCCCCAGAGGAGGGGAUUGGAUACAUGAUAUUUGAGGGUGUGAGAAGGGAAAACUAACACUUGGCCAAAGGAGUCAUGGGCUGCAUUUCCCUCCCCAAAGAGGUGAAAUUGUGGGCCCAGGGCUCCUGCUGGGAGGGGAGGAAUAAGGGCAGGAAUCCCCCUCUUGAUCAGAGCCUUUGGGUCAAGGUGUGUGUUUGGUGAAGGGGAGGCAGACUCCAUGGUCUCAGAUUUCGGGGUGGGAGCCCUAUGUAUUGCAGAAAGAGAGGGGAGCUAUAGGGGCAUCUGCUGCAGGACAGGGUCGUUGUUUCUGAAUUUGGGGCCUAUAGUCCCUUGUUUCUAAACACACUCUUUUUGUUUCUAAAAGCAAGGGGGUGCUAGCUUCAGCAAAGGCUAGGCCUGGUAGCUGAAAACCUUGCUUGCUGCAAAGUAUUUGGGGAGAGGGUCCCCAACUUAAUGCUAGGACCCCAACCCAAGGGCUUCUUGCUUUGGGGAGCAGGAGGAAGCCAAUCUGCAAAACAGGGUUUUGUUUUUGUUUUGCUUAGAGUGUUAACUCUCUGCAAUGGGGGGAUAGGUCUAUGUUUGGGGGGAAAGAGUUGGGGGGCUACUAGGCAUCCAGUCGACCCCCAGACCAGGACAGGAGUAUAACUGAAGGGAUAUAAUUGUGCCCUGACCAGUAAGAUAAAUUCCGUGUAGCAAUAAGAGGAUCAGUGGAUCUGUUUAUAAUUCUGGUUUAGAAAUAAAAGGAUCAGUGGAGCUGUCUGUCCAUCCUAAAUCAGGUCUUAGUCCUGGCCUCAAGGAGGAGAAAGAACUGGUGAGGAUCACCCACAAAGAUGAUCUUCUUGGCUGUGAGACUGUCAUGGACGUCGUGAUGCUGUCACUCCUUAGCAGCCUGCAAUGGCUUUGAGGGGAUUGUGGCUCAUCGGCCACGAACAAGGGGCACAUGGCACUGUGCUCUUUUCCAGGCGUUACCCCACUGUUGAAAAGCGAGCAAAAUUCUUCAAUGGGCCAAGUUAUGUGCCCGUACCAGAAGAUGGCCCUUUCCUCAAAGCAUUGCUUUUUGAACUGAGGCUGACAGAUGGAGACCAACAUUUUGUCGAGCGAAGGGAUGGCUGUUCCCAAAUCAACAAGACUUCUGUCUAUGCCUUGCAGGCUGAAGGAGGAGACCUCUGGCCUGUGGUGGCCUUCCAGAAGAGUGGAUUGAUUUAUGUUGCCCUCCCAUUGGUUGAACAAUCUGUAAGUCCCCGUCCACCUCUCUUCAACAUCAGCGGGAUCUCUCAGGCUUUUGAUCUACUGUCAGGACUGCUGGCUUUCAUGAGCUCUGGUCAGAAAAGUGAAGCAGAGAGAAACAUCAAGACCGACCAGCUCCCAGGCUUGCUUAUGCAGGCCUGUCCUCUGGGUACCCCACUAGAUACAAAUCUGAACAGUCCAUUGUUGGAAAACAUUCAUGCUGCUCCAAGUAGCCACCCUCACAAACCACCAGCUUGGAGAACCAGCACAUACAAGGGAAAGCCUCACGUUAAUGUCUGUAUCACUGAAAAAGUCAAGUCUGUGCAAUAUGACAAAAGGGAUGUGGCUGACAUGUGGCAGGUUUACGGAACUGUAACUUGCAAGUGUGAUAUAGAAGGCACUGCUCCCAAUGUGACUGUCGGCUUGAACCUCCCUGCCAAUGGCUCUCCUCUCCAAGAUAUUUUGGUUCAUCCUUGUGUUACAUCCCUUGACUCUGCUGUCCUGACGUCCAGUAGUGUUGACAUCAUAGAUGACUCAGCUUUCAGUGGACCUUACAAAUUUCCUUUAAUACCUCCUCCAGACCUGUUCAAUCUCUGUUUUUAUACUUCCCAGGUCCCUGUUCCUCCUAUUUUGGGAUUUUACCAGUUGAAAGAAGAAGAAUCACAAUGGAAGUUCACCAUUCACUUGAAGCUCCAUGAGAGCAUGAAAAAUGCUUUUGAAUACUGUGAAGCCCGUGUUCCCUUUUUCAACAGGGGACCCAUUACACACUUGGAAUAUAAAGUCAGCUAUGGCCAACUUGAAGUGUCAAAAGAGAAAAGCUUACUGGUUUGGAUCAUAGGGCAAAAGUUUCCCAAAAUGUUGGAAAUUUCCCUCACCGGAACUGUCACUUUUGGUCCAGCAAGUCAGGAGCAGCCUGUUGAGCCUGUGUGUACCGGAGGCACUGCCUAUGUCAAACUUUAUUUUAGAAUCCUGGACUUCACAUUGACUGGAUGUUACACUGACCAGCAUUCUAUCCAGGUCUUUUCCUCCGGAAAGCCAAAGAUCAGCACAGCUCGAGAGGUGCUUGCUUCAGAUUACUACAUCUGGAACUCUAAAGCCCCUGCACCUGUGGUGUAUAGAACAUUACUUUUCUAAUUUCUCUUCACCUUUGUACCAGAAAGGAAAAAAUACAUUUCUUGAAAUAUUUUAACCUAUGUAUUUACAACUUGAGGAGAAAACAACCAAUUCAAUAAAAACGUAUAUAUUGUAAUUCUUUGAAA